ACCCCUUCCCCCACUCACCCUCCCCUGCAAGCAGUCUACUUGAGCUUCAAUUCAGUAAGACAGUAACUAAGCUUUCUCUUCCUAUUAUUUGCAAUCCAAGUCAUUAGAAUUAAGAGAAGAUCAUGAAGAUGAACAGUGCUACUUCUAUGGGAGGGUCCAAGAGAAGGCUAUCUUCAAGCAGAGGACUUGGAGGGGUACUUAGAGAACAAAGGGCCAGGCUUUACAUUAUAAGGAGAUGCGUUGUGAUGCUACUUUGCUGGCAUGAUUAGUGGACACUAAUUUCCACUCUCAAUAUCGAUUUCCAUCCAUGGCAGCUACUUCAUGGAGGAAUUUUGGGUUUUCUUCUUCUUCUUCUUCUGUUUUGGUGGAGUGUACAUAGAGCCAUGGCAGUGGGAGAAGUUUAAUAUUUUGUUGAAGAAUAUAACACAAAAUUUUUGUAUGAUCUAGUUGGCCUUGUAGAUGUGGGGACUAGCUAGAAGCUACUACAUAUGUACAUCGGAAAAAGUGUUAAUUGAAAAGAAAAGAAAAUUAAGCUUGAUUAGAUCUUUAAUUA